AUGAUUCCAGUGACGGAACUCCGCUACUUUGCGGACACACAGCCAGCGUACCGGAUUCUGAAGCCAUGGUGGGAUGUAUUUACUGACUAUAUCUCCAUCGUCAUGCUGAUGAUUGCUGUUUUUGGUGGGACGCUGCAGGUGACUCAAGACAAGAUGAUCUGCCUCCCUUGUAAGUGGGUCACCAAGGAUUCCUGCAACGACUCCUUCCGGGCUUGGGCAGCUCCCAGCCCAGAACCCAGCUACCCCAAUACAACACUCCUGCCAACUCCUGACACUGGCCCCACCGGCAUCAAAUAUGACCUGGACCGGCAUCAGUACAACUAUGUGGAUGCUGUGUGCUAUGAGAAUCGACUGCACUGGUUUGCCAAGUAUUUCCCUUACCUGGUGCUUCUGCACACCCUCAUCUUUCUGGCCUGCAGUAACUUCUGGUUCAAGUUCCCACGCACCAGCUCAAAGCUGGAGCACUUUGUAUCUAUCCUGCUUAAGUGUUUUGACUCACCAUGGACCACGAGAGCCCUGUCAGAGACAGUGGUGGAAGAGAGUGACCCCAAGCCAGCCUUCAGCAAGAUGAACGGCUCCAUGGACAAGAAAUCGUCCACAGUCAGUGAGGACGUGGAGGCCACUGUGCCCAUGCUGCAGCGGACUAAGUCACGUAUUGAGCAGGGCAUUGUGGACCGUUCCGAGACCGGUGUUCUGGACAAGAAGGAGGGGGAGCAGGCCAAGGCACUGUUUGAAAAGGUGAAGAAGUUUCGGACCCAUGUAGAGGAGGGAGACAUUGUGUACCGCCUCUACAUGCGGCAGACCAUCAUCAAGGUGAUCAAGUUCAUCCUCAUCAUCUGCUACACCGUCUACUACGUGCACAACAUCAAGUUUGAUGUCGACUGCACUGUGGACAUUGAGAGCCUGACAGGCUACCGCACCUACCGUUGUGCCCAUCCUCUGGCGACGCUCUUCAAGAUCCUGGCAUCCUUCUAUAUCAGCCUGGUCAUUUUCUAUGGCCUCAUCUGCAUGUACACACUGUGGUGGAUGCUGCGGCGUUCCCUCAAGAAGUACUCCUUCGAGUCGAUCCGGGAGGAGAGCAGCUACAGUGACAUCCCCGAUGUUAAGAAUGACUUUGCAUUUAUGCUCCACCUCAUUGACCAGUAUGACCCACUCUACUCUAAGCGCUUCGCUGUCUUCUUGUCCGAGGUGAGUGAGAACAAGCUGCGGCAGCUGAAUCUCAACAAUGAGUGGACAUUGGACAAACUCCGGCAGCGACUCACCAAGAAUGCACAGGACAAGCUGGAGCUGCACCUGUUCAUGCUCAGCGGCAUCCCUGACACUGUGUUUGACCUGGUGGAGCUGGAGGUGCUGAAGCUGGAGCUGAUCCCCGAUGUAACCAUCCCGCCCAGCAUUGCCCAGCUCACUGGCCUCAGAGAGCUGUGGCUGUACCACACAGCCGCCAAGAUCGAGGCUCCUGCCCUGGCCUUUCUCCGUGAGAACCUGCGGGCACUGCAUAUCAAGUUCACGGACAUCAAGGAGAUCCCUCUGUGGAUCUACAGCCUGAAGACUCUGGAGGAGUUACACCUAACAGGCAACCUGAGUGCAGAGAACAACCGGUACAUCGUCAUUGAUGGGCUCCGGGAGCUCAAGCGCCUGAAGGUGCUACGUCUCAAGAGCAACCUGAGCAAGCUGCCGCAGGUGGUCACGGACGUGGGCGUGCACCUGCAGAAGCUGUCCAUCAACAACGAGGGCACCAAGCUCAUUGUCCUCAACAGUCUCAAGAAGAUGGUGAACUUGACGGAGCUGGAGCUGACCCGCUGUGACCUAGAGCGCAUCCCCCACUCCAUCUUCAGCCUCCACAACCUGCAGGAAAUAGACCUCAAGGACAAUAACCUGAAGACCAUUGAGGAGAUUAUCAGCUUCCAGCACCUACACCGCCUCACCUGCCUUAAACUGUGGUACAACCACAUUGCCUACAUACCCAUCCAGAUCGGCAACCUCACCAACCUUGAGCGUCUCUACCUGAACCGCAACAAGAUUGAGAAGAUCCCCACCCAGCUCUUCUACUGCCGCAAGCUGCGCUAUCUGGACCUUAGUCACAACAAUCUGACUUUCCUCCCUGCCGAUAUUGGUCUCCUGCAGAACCUCCAGAAUUUGGCCGUCACCGCCAAUCGGAUUGAGGCCCUCCCACCAGAGCUCUUCCAGUGCCGGAAGCUACGGGCCCUGCACCUGGGCAACAACGUGCUGCAGUCGCUGCCAUCACGCGUGGGCGAGCUGACCAAUCUGACCCAGAUCGAGCUGCGAGGCAACCAGCUAGAGUGCCUGCCCGUUGAGCUUGGCGAGUGUCCACUGCUCAAGCGUAGCGGCCUGGUUGUGGAAGAGGACCUGUUUAACACUUUGCCACCUGAAGUGAAGGAACGGCUCUGGAGGGCUGACAAGGAACAGGCCUGA